AUGAGCAACGUUUGGACGCCACCAGUAUACGAUCACUCUAGGAGGCCCGAUUUGAUUUGGACAACUCAUUUGUUACAGAGUGAAAGCGAUCCCUCGAACUUUGCUCGUGCAGCCAAAUGGUGUUCAGACGGUACCGCUGCAUUAGCUCAAUGCGAAAAUCAAUCAUUUCAACAUGUCUAUCUCAGACCUCAUGACUUAUCUGAAAUGCCCGGUACACCCAAUCAAUUUGAACGUCUCAUCAAACAACCAUCCCCAAUAUUAGACUUUGAGUGGUUCCCUACCGCUACUUUGCGCGAUCCUGCUUCUUUUUGCUUCAUCGCCUCCGUACGCGAAUGUCCCGUCAAGCUUCUGGAUGGCAGCGAUGGUCGGUUACGAGCAUCUUAUAAAAUAGUUGACCACCGUGAACGAUUCAUUGCUCCGCAUAGUCUCGCAUUCAAUAUGUCAAUGGACAAGCUCUAUUGUGGAUUCGAGGAUGCUAUAGAGAUAUUUGACGUCCAAUCUCCCGGAGAAGGGACUCGCCUGCACACGAGUCCAUCGAAGAAAAGCCGUGAUGGCCUCAAAGGUAUUAUAUCAGCGUUGGCGUUCUCACGCGAUGCAGCUUCCGGGAUCUACGCAGCAGGCUCACUUAAUCCAUCAACACCCUCUUCUCCAAACAUCGCGUUGUUCUCCGAAGCGACUGGGGAGACUCCCGUCAUGUUCGUUGGGACUGAAUCUCAUUCCCAUGGUCCGUCAACCGGCAUUCGAGCAAGUGUCACCCAGUUAAUGUUCAAUCCAAGCCGGCCGUACCUCUUGUAUGCUUCAUUUCGGCGCCAUGAUGCCAUCUAUGCAUGGGAUCUCAGAAGCGAUGUCAGCAUGCCUGUGAAUAUCUUUCUCAAGGACUCUUUUACUGGUAGCAUGGAUACCGGUGGAAAGGAAGUCAAUGAUGCGGUCCCGACGAAUCAGAAAUUGAGGUUUGACAUUGAUAUCGGCGGUCAAAUUCUAGCAGCCGGAGAUCAGCGCGGGAGAAUAUCUAUCUUCGACAUCCUAACAGGUGAUACAGCUUCUGGCUCGGACGAAGUUCAUGCUGUUGCAUCGACACACUCGGCGCUGCAAUAUGAAGCACAUGAGGAUGCCAUAGGUUCGGUGGCCUUCCAUCCGCUGCGCCCGAUGCUUCUGUCGGUGUCAGGUUCGAGACACUUCGAUCGAAUAUCAUCUAACGCGGACGGCGGCUUAGAGUCUUCCCCUUCAAGUUCGGAUGAGGAUACUGCGAUAAACCGGAGAAACAGCGUAGUCAAGAUCAGUCGCAGACGUCCGCAGCCUAUGACGGUCGACGCAUCUGUGAAACUUUGGUGCUUCGGGGAGAACACCUGCAGCGACGAAUCCGCAGCGUCGGAUUCUCACCAAUACACAAGUUAA